GGAGUGCGGGGUGCUCGGUCCUCCACUGAUAACAGACAUCAGCAUAGUAGCUCACUCACACACACAUUCACCUUUCACUGAUAACAGAAUAGUGCUGUUACAAAAUGCUGAUAUAUUCAGGAGGAUGAGUCUUCCAGACAUUUGCGUCCUGAUGGUCAUCGGCAGAGUUUUAAAUCCAGGGACGACACAACACCUUGUCAUUGAAAGUUUUUGGUCUAAUUGAUGCAGCGCGGAUGACGAGUGAAGAGGAGCUGGCCACGACGUUGCUCCAGCGCCCCGACAUGUUGGAACGUGUGCUAGACUCCAACCCCGAACUGCUCGGCAGAAUCGUGCAAACCAUAGGACUCAAGGAGACGGCACUAUGCAGUCUGUUAGACCGACACCCGGACCUGCUAGAGAAGUAUCUGGAGGAGCACGCCAGUCCGGAGCUGAUAUCGCGUCUGGUGCGGAGGUACCAGGAGCGGCUGAGGACGGACCUCUCGGUGAUCCCGCGGUCACCAGAGCCGCAGCCGCCCGCCUACACCCGCACCGGCAGCCGCGCGUCCCUCACCGUCGCCGAGGUGGAGCCCCACAAGCGGACAUCAGUCACCUCCGAGCUGUUUCAUACCUGGCUCAACUCCUCGCCUAUCAAGCGAGCUAAGUCCCCCAACAGGCCCAGGGCUAGUGGAGAAUGGCGACAACACCUAGGACUGCUAGACGAGGGAGAACUGUUCAUGGAGCUCAUUAGAGAUGUUUCGAAUGAAUUGGACAUUGACGUUCUUUGUCACAAAAUCCUAGUCAACGUAGGUCUUCUGACACACGCAGACAGAGGCUCUCUGUUCCUGGCCCGGGGUCCCCCGGAGAACCGCUUCUUGGUGGCUAAGCUGUUUGACGUCACAGUGGACACAGAGUUGGACGAGGCGGUGCAGAAAGCCAAGGCUGAGGAGAUCAGGAUACCGUUCGGCGUAGGUGUAGCAGGAGCCGUGGCUCAGACCAAGCAGCCUGUCAACAUAAAGAAUGCUUAUGAGGACCCUCGGUUCAACAGUGAGAUAGACAUGAGGACUGGCUACAAGACCAAGCUCAUUCUGUGUGUACCUAUAUGUAACUACGAGGGGGACGUCAUAGGAGUGGCCCAGAUCAUCAACAAGACUGACUCAUGCAAUGAGUUCACUGACAGGGACGUUGAGGUGUUCCAAAGGUACCUUACCUUUUGUGGAAUCAGUAUUCAAAAUGCUCAGCUAUUUGAAAUGUCAGUUCAAGAAUACAGAAGAAAUCAAAUCCUGUUGAACUUGGCUCGGAGUAUCUUCGAGGAGCAGAACAACCUCGAGUGUCUGGUGACCAAGAUCAUGACAGAGGCUCGAGACCUACUCAAGUGUGAGAGAUGUGCAGUGUUCUUGCUUGACUCUGACUGUGGCGAAAAGAGUCAUCUUGCGAACAUAGUUGAAAGACCAGGGCGUGUGGUGGCUGAGAGAAAACCCCUGUGCAGAAGAGAAAGCAAUAAUGUCAAUGUGGAGGACAUAAUCGCACAGAAAGGAGAAGACAAGAACAUUGCGUUCAUGACUGUAUUUGAGCUAAAGGCUGAUUCCAAGGAUGCUGUGAUCAACAGACCAACAGUGUCAGACCUGAACCAGUCUCGGCUUGUGCAAAUUGCCAGAUAUGUGGCGGCGACUGGACAGAUUCUCAACAUAGGUGACUUGUCAUCUUGGAUGAACCAUGAAGUGAAAGAGGAGGAUGGAUUCAUAAGCCGUAGUGUGCUGUGUAUGCCCAUCGUCAACGGCCAGAAGUCAGUCAUAGGAGUAGCUCAGUUAAUAAAUAAGGAUACGGGUCAACCCUUUACGGACUGUGAUGUUUCUAUUUUUGAGGCCUUUGCAAUAUUCUGUGGAUUAGGAAUACACAAUACCCAGAUGUAUGAAAAUGCUUGUAAAUUGAUGGCUAAACAAAAAGUAGCACUGGAGUGUCUUUCAUACCACGCCACAGCAUCAUCAGACGACACUGCAAGACUGAUACAGGAUACCAUACCCUCGGCACAAACCUACAAGCUGAACAGCUUCACAUUCAUAGAUUUUGAUUUAACCGAUGAUGACACGUGUAAAGCAACUAUUAGAAUGUUCCUUGAAUGUAACCUAGUUGACCAGUUUCACAUACCCUAUGACGUGCUGUGUAGAUGGGUGCUCAGUGUCAAGAAGAACUAUCGGCCAGUCAAGUACCAUAACUGGCGCCAUGCUCUCAAUGUUGCUCAGACCAUGUUCGCAAUGCUCAAAACUGGCAAAAUGGAGAGGUUCAUGACUGAUUUAGAGAUUCUAGGGCUGCUUGUAGCCUGCCUCUGUCAUGAUCUGGAUCACCGAGGAACAAACAAUGCAUUCCAGACCAAGACUGAGUCACCCCUCGCCAUACUGUACAGCACCAGUACCAUGGAACACCACCACUUUGACCAAUGUGUCAUGAUACUCAACAGUGAAAACAACAAUAUCUUCCAGGCCCUUUCGAUGCAAGAUUAUAGAUACGUCAUGAAGGUUGUGGAGAACUCCAUUUUAUCAACAGACUUAGCAAUGUACUUUAAGAAAAAGAACAAAUUUUUGGAACUGAUCGACAAUGGGGAGUUUGACUGGCAAAGUGAAGAAAAGAAGGAAUUGCUGUGUGGGAUGAUGAUGACGGCAUGUGAUGUGAGUGCCAUUGCUAAACCAUGGGAGGUGCAGCACAAGGUAGCCAAACUGGUCGCUGAUGAAUUUUUUGAUCAAGGAGACCUGGAGAAAUUACAGCUUAACCAGCAGCCUGUGGCAAUGAUGGACAGAGAGCGCAAAGAUGAGCUUCCUCAAAUGCAAGUUGGCUUUAUUGAUGUAAUCUGUCUACCUCUGUACAAGGUUUUGGCAGACACUUUUCCUUGGAUUCAGCCACUGUAUGAUGGUUGCUAUACAAACAAACUUCACUGGCAGGAUCUUGCAGAAAAAGUUGAAAUGGGCCUGACAUGGAUAGAUCAUGAUACCAUUGAAAAACCUAUUGAGGAAUUUGAUGCGUAUCAAGAUACACGAGACAUAGAGUUAACAGUUACAACACUCAAUUGCACCCACACGGACAAGAAGGCCAGUAUAGCGUCAUCAGACGUAGACCCUCAAGCUCUGUCUGCUGGCCGCAAGUACAACAGAUUUACUAGUUUCCGAAGGUCGAAGGUAGGCAAGUCAGUGCGCAGCCGUCUGAGCCGCUCCAUGUACAACACCAGUCAGUCUAGGUCCGAGGAUGACAAGACACCCGAGCCACCCGACAGGACAGAACCUGCGAAAGAACAGAAACCACCCAAACCUCCUCCCACCACCCAGCCCACCCACAAGACAAAGAACAAACUUUGUGCACUUGUCUGAACUUGUAGAGAAAACAUUUAGUUAUUAUAUCUGUGAUUUUAGAGUAUUUAUUUUGUAAAUAUUUAAUAAGGCUGAAAAUUAUUUUGUAAGACAAAAUGGAUUUUUAAGCAAUCAAAGUGCAUGUGAUCUCACCAAGUUGUAUAAAGUGUAGUUGUUUGUAAUGUUUUGUAGAGUUAUAAAUCUUAAAUCAAUUUUCUAUUGUUCCUACUCUUUGGUAGAUCGUAGACCUAUUAUGUGUUGUAAGUAUUUCGUAGAACUUUACUACUUAAGAGCAAUUUGUACUCUACCUGUAAGAUGUUGUUGGACGUAUUAUACAACAAAAAAUUGUCAGUCUCCUACAUAAAAAAAAACAAAAAAAAAACAGACAUAGUAUAAAUUAUCAUUGGUUAAAAUUUGUAAAAACAUAUUGAUUUGUUGUUUGGGUUGGUUUUAGGAAAAUGUAUUGUUUAACAAAUAAAAAACGUGCUUGAGAGCUAAGGAAGAGUUCAAACUUGUUAAAUCAGUAUAUAUAGAUGGUUUUGUUUUGAUUAAUUUGUUCAUGUUCAAGCUUUUUUUCUUGAACUGUAAAAUAAUGUGGGGAUUAGUUAUAAAAAAAUAUGGAAUACAAUAUCAAUUUCCUACUAGCAUCUACUAGGUACUAAUUACAUUUUUACAAAUCUUAAUAACUUAUCACUAGAGGAAAUAAAAAAAUUUUAAAAGUCCAUUUUGACCUUGUAUAUUAGAAAAUACAUUUUACUAUAUAAUCACAUUCAGAUUUCUUAAAAUGCUAAUGGUAGUAAUGAUUUUUCUAAUUCUUUUUCAUUCUACAAUGAAGUGGAAAUCAUAGACCACAACCUUAAAUAGUCCCCUUUUUUUACUUUUGAUUCCUAGAGAAAACAUAACAAUUCCAUAGCUUCACAGCUUGUCUCAUCAGAAGCAAUAACUAAAGGGCUUCCAUCAAUAACAAGUUGGAAUUGAAUGGAAAGGUUGUAGGAAAUUGCAUUAUAAGAUAUUGUUAGAAUCCAGUGAUUUUAAUGUGUUUUAAAUUAAACAGGGCAGUUUUAAUUCUUUUCAAUGUUUACAUACACGAACUAUGUAACCCAGAAAGAAAUAAGGUACAAAGGAAACUUGCUCUGGGACGACCGUGAUCUUUCACCGCUAGUAUGUUGUGCCGGAAAUUACUCUUGACGAGCAAAGAAAAUCGUGAAUGGCUAGCACUGUGCAGAUAUUACAAUCGCACAGGGCAGGUCUUCCUCUAUCGUGAGCGUUGUAGUACAUGAAGACGAGGGGACAGUGUUGGACUUUGCCCUAGACACCAUCAACUAGUACUAGACACAACUUAAGUGUACCAUUGAAUGUUUCCUCUGUACCUUAAGCAGAAAUUAGCUAAUGGUUUUUAGCUCUGUAACCAGUAUGGAAUCAUUCUAAAAUAGAUUCAACUAAUCAAAAGGAAGGCACUCAACUUGCAUUUAAUUUUUACAGGAUCGUGUGUUCCUAUAAUUGCCACACUUUUCAUUGGUAUCACUUACCUAGAUAAAGUAGAACUUUACAACCCAUUAAUGAGGAUGCCAAAUUUAAUCAUUUCAUAAAAUAAAGCAAAAAGUAUAGCAUGUCUAAGAGACAAGGAAAAAAUAACCCUUACCCUUAAUAAAGAUUGAAGGAUUAACAUACACUACAUUUUCUCACAAUUAUUAUUCUUUUUCUUUAUUGGUACCGGUGUCACAGAUUUUUUACUAAGAAAAUGCAUGAUUAGUUCAGAAAAUAAAUGUAUUUUCUUUCUAACAGAUUCCCAUUUAAAUCUUAUUUGUAUCUCAAUUCAAAACUGAAAUAAUUAUUCAACAAAUUAACUCUGUCAAUCCUUCAUAUGACUAUAUUUAUUCGCAAAUUUAAAAUUGAUUACAGAUAAAGAAUUGGUUAGACAGAAAACAUACUUUCACUGUUAUAAGUCUCAAACAGUGAGACUUAUAACCAAUUGAUACCAUUGAGUUUAAUUAGCUACUAUAUUGUUACGCUCUAUUUUUUUUACAUAAGUAAUACACUACCUACAAGUUACCAAUGUGGUGCCUGCAUAAAAUAUGUAAAAAAAACUUUGUUACUAAAAUAUGGUCUAUUUACAUGUAAACAUAACUUUUUCUGUAUACUUAGUUUAGGAUUUAGGCUAUUUGGACACAUGCCGAUUUUGGAGGGUUGGCAACAAAUCGAGAUACUUGCAGACAUACAGAAUUUUCAUUGGUCAAAUAAUCAAUUCCGGUUCCUUUGUUGUUGUGACAACCAGCUGGAAUGGAUGUUUGAACUAAAACAGGUGAGGAUGGUCAUUAACAAUAAACAAUAAUAAUAAUUUAUGUGUGUGCAAGAGUGAAUUUAGUGACAUGUGCUACUGUGUCAUUGGCAGUGGCUGGCUGCUUGUCUACAUUUAACAGCGCCAAUCAGUGGUUGUACCAUUCAACCAUUCAAUUCUGUAAUUCACUACCGGUAGUGGAUUUUUGAAAAUUAACCGUCCAAAAUUGGUGUGUGUGUGCAAUUAGCCUUAGGGAAGAACUACUGUUUUUGAUAGGUAUUUAUUUCAUCAUGUCAUAUGUAAUAAGACCUAGAGUACUUUGAUAGAUACCAUGUUCAGCUGAAAAAAAUUAGCACUCUUGAAAAAUUUGGUUGCUCUCAUCAAUUGUUUGAAUGAUCCAGGGAAGUUUUAAUGAUUUAUGAUUACAGUGCCUGUAUUAAGGGAAACUUGCUGAACUAUCGGUAGCUCUAAGAACACAAAUCGGGUUUGCAUACAAAAACUUAGAACCACCAUUUCCAAAUUUAACUUGGUCUAUUAUUGUAAUAAUAUUAUCUUAUAUUAAAAGAAUUUGGUUUUUCUUUCCGAGUUCGUUCGGCUCUUCUACCCGACUGAUUUUCUUGAUUUAGGUCUCAAAUUGCCAGUCAUCAAAUUGAAGGUAUGCACGCACAUUUCACAUCAAGCAUCAGCAUGUAUUUAUCUACAGUCCCACUCGAAUUAUACGUAAACGAAAUUUGCUCCCAAUGUUUUUCUUGUGAGAGUUAAAUUUGGUUUUUCUUUUCCGAGUUUGUUUGGCUCUUCUAUUUGACCGAUUUUCAUGAUUGAGGUUUUAAAUUGAAGGUAUGCACACACAGAUUUCACAUCAAGAAUCGGCAUUUAUUUAUCUACAGACCCACUCAGCUUAUAUGUAAACAAAACCUGCUCCCAAUGUAUUUCUUAAGGGAAUUAAAUUUGGUUUUGCUUUUCCGAGUUCGUUUAGCUCUUCUACCCGACCGAUUUUAUGAUUGAAGUCUCAUAUCUCAAAUUGAAGGUAUGCACGCACAGACUCAAGCAAAGAGGCAUCAGCAUAUAUUUAUCUACAGUAUACUCGAGCAAAAAACUUAAAUUUGAUCUUUUCUUGAAUUCAUACUUCAAUUUAAGAUGUAUUUCACCAGUUAUAAUAUAUAAUCCUAUAUAUUUUAGUCUAAGAACCUUCAAUGAAAAACCAGCUUUCAUUUAAGCUAUCAGUUACCAAAUUGGACAAGUUUCACUCAAACGCAAGGUGAACAAGAAACAUAAAAAUUAUUUUUCAUAAGGUUUUUCUAUGAUUAAAAAUCAAUAGCUCCAGUAUUGUUUAUGUUUUUUUAUAUGUUUUAAACUCAAAAUCCUAUAGUCUAAAACAAAAGCGUGUGUACGGACAAAUUUUUAUUUUUGUCCGAGGAUUUUUUGAUAUUUUUGUUUAUUGUCGGGUAUUUGGCCACGAGAAAACAUUUGGACUUGGUCCACAAGGCUAGGAAAAAUCCAGUUUCCACCCUACAGCCCUUGAAAGUGCCCAUGUUAUCGUCAAUACCUUUUUGUAGCUGCAGUUAAUAAAAACAGCUGAUACAGGUAAUUUUAUUGCAAUCUAUGAAUUUAUAAAGGUGUGUGUUCUUUGUGUCAUCUAAUCUAAUAGCUAAUCUAACAAAUUUAAUGUUUAAUCAAAUCCGAGCAAAGGUUGGUGUCCUGGUACUAAUCAGUAAAUUAUAGGCUUUAAUUUGAGCCUCGGUAUUGUUCAUUUGAAUCAGUUGAGUUCGAGAUAUUGUAUUACUCAAUCAAAGAUCAUAAAUUUGAUUAUUUCUUGGAUAUCAUAUUUAUUUUAAUGCUGCGGAGCAGCAUGGGUCCUAUAUACCUAAUAUUAGAGCAAGGAACUAAGAUUUGGCUCGUUGAGUUAAUCAAUUAUGAUCAAACUAACACCCUUUUACUAAUUCCUCCACUGUUUGUUAUUUUUUAGGAUUUAUAGACACAAAGUUACUCAAUUUAACAACUUUGAUAAGUUGUAGGUAUAAAAACUGAAGAGUUCUCUAUACAGCAUUUUUUAAUUUAUGGGAGGGGGGAAGGGAAUAAAUCUGACAUGUUAAGGAAAUAUUUUUGUGAAAACCCAAUCAAGCAAAUGGAAAUUCGCUUAGUCUAAAAAUUGGCUGUGGUGAUAGCUGCAGACAUAAUGGGUAUAAUAAAAUAAGAAUGUGAUAUGAGUCACACUUAAUGGUAUUUAUUUACAGACACUGUGCUCAUGAUUUGAUUACUUAUCCUGGUAUUCCUUGAUUCAUAGAUCUAGUCAUAUGGUAUGCCACAAUAAUUAUUAAGAUUGUUGAAAAUAUGGAAACUUACAGCUGUUUGUUAACAUUGUAGUGUACAUCACAUUUCCACUUACAAGCUCAGGGUGCUUAUUUUCUGUAAUAACUUUGUCUUGACCUGUAAAAUCUUCAAAGUAAAUUGUUAGUUAAUGGCUUAGCAGUUGAUGUUUGUUAACAUUAGUUGUGUAUGAUGGAACGGAAAUGCCUGCAGAUGGAAUAGAGUAAAUGUGGCACAGUAGGCACACCUAAGGAAAAUUGCUGUCUCUAAAGGAAUGAGAUGACAACUAGGUACCGGUAUAAGAAGACAUUACUUACAAAAAAUUAAAAUUAUAUAUUAUAUGUAUAAACUUUACUUUGUAAAAUAGGUUUCAAUGAGAUGUACACAGGCCUACACAAUGUUAAAGUAAGGACAAUAUGAAAAAUAAGUUCAUAUUUAUAUGCCAUUACUGGUAUCUCCAGAUUUAACAUGUGUUUGUUCAGAUUAUGAUUAUAUAUUUUUACUCAGCAUUUAUUCCAAAGAGAGGAAAAAUAACAAAAUAUAUUUUUUGUUAGUGCAAUUUAGUAAAUGUUGGUUUACAACGAACUUGUAAAUAUAGUUAGGCUCAGUUAAAUGUCAUUAGAAUUAGACGGUUACAAAUACUUCUUUUCUAAUCUUACCUCUAUAUUAAGUAGACUUUUCUCAAUCUCUGUAUGGGAUAUUGGAAUGGAGGAAUAUUUUGAUUACUUGGGUCAUUGUUACCUGUAUUUUACAAUCAGAUUUUAUGUGUAAAGAAUUUGUCAUUUUAUAAGAGAUUUAGUAGAUAAAGAGGUUGGAAAUUUGUUUUAAGUCAGAGUUCUCUUUUUAUAAAUGACAUAAGA